AUGGCGGACGAUACUUUAGAAGAACGGGAAUGGAUUUUUAAACGAUUUGAUGACAACGGAGAUGGAAAAGUCUCGGCAGCUGAGCUCGCGAAAAACUUGAAGACACUCGGUUGUGUGUCAGAUGAGCAAAUCCAACGUAUGAUGACUAAACUUGAUACAGAUGGAGAUGGGUACAUAUCGUUUCAGGAAUUUACAGAUUUUUAUAAUGCUAAUAGAUUAUUGAUGAAAGAUGUCGCAAGAUUUCUCUAA